CCCCCUCCGUCCGUCUCACUCUCAUUUUUAGCAGCUUUACGCUCGCACGCACCAACCUCAGAGCUCCUCUUCCAUUUCAGUGCAGCUCACUUUGGAUCAUUAAAGAAAGCCAAGCCAUGGCAGUCAUGAUAAGAAAUGAGGUUUUCUCCUGUUUUGUUUUCUACGGAGUGCUUCUGGUGAUCAAAAUGUACGUGAUAGCGAUAAUAACGGGACAAGUAAGGCUGCGCAAAAAGGCAUUUGCCAACCCUGAGGACGCACUGAGACACGGAGGUUUACAGUUCCACAGAGAGGAUCCCGACGUGGAAAGAUGCCGGAGAGCUCAUUUUAAUGACAUGGAGAACAUCCUCCCCUUCCUCUUCCUGGGUGCUAUCUACUCCAUGACUGGACCCUCACUGGCUGUGGCCCGCCUUCACUUCCUUGUCUUCUUCAUGGGUCGUGUGCUGCACAGCAUCGCCUACCUGUUGGCCCUGCGAGCACCGACUCGCUCUCUGGCCUACAUUGUCGCACAGGUACCUUGUUUCUCUAUGGCUCUGCAGAUCCUCACGGCGGUCGCAGCAUAUGCCUGAAUAUCCACAAAGAGAGAACUAGAGGUGUUGUUCUGGCUGGAAAGAUGGCGGUUACGAUCCGUGACCUGGGUCAGAGAAAGCAGGAGGAGGAUACCGGAGAGGCCUCCUGGGAGGGAGAACAUAAAAGACAAGAAUGUCAGUGAGAGUGCAAUACAAGGUGUGUGAUUACACCACAGCCUGGUUUUGAGAGACUUUGUCAGUAUUGUUAUCGUCCUAUUUACGUCUCUGAAAUGUGAGAAUGUCUUAAAAGUUAUUUGAAGUUGUCAUCCUGUACUGUAAUAUUUAAAAAGCAAAUGAAGGUUGUUGCUCAUUUUUGUCUUUUUGUUGAAAUGACCUAAUGGAAUUUCACUCACAGACAGUUGUAGACAUUUUGUUAAAACCACUUUGGAGUAUUUUCCAACACUGUGCUGUGCUGUAUGUUCAUCCCCGCCUGCCCUUUUUGGGUUUACACACAACACAGACCACCAUUUGUUUGGUGUUGUAUCCUCCAUGGCUUCAUCUGUUUCCUGUGUGGAUGUUCCAUCUGUUGUGUUAACAUUUGUUUGCUUACUAUGUUCAACAAAAACAUGAAUGAAUCCUGGCAUGAUGGCUGAGGGUAUGUUGAGAGAUUUGAUAUCACUCAGCAAAACAAGGUGUGAUGCUUUUACUGAGUGAGUGAAACUGUCAAUUUUAAGGAAGAAGAAAGUAACACAGAGUUUGGACUGAGAGUGAAUUCUGCAACAACCGGCAGAGAACAAAACUGGUGGAAGAAUUUUAUCUGUGAAAACACAUUUCAAGGCUAUUUUUAAUAUUGUAAUAAUAUUUAUUUUUCAGUGUAAUGUAUACAGUGCUUUUUUUUUUUGAACACCUAUAUACAUUUUUGGAGGAAAUAAAACAGUUGGCACAUGCA